GUCUGAGCCGCGGGCCAAGGGCGGCGGCGGCAAGGGCAAGAGCAAAGGAGUUGGCAAGGCAGGCAAGACCAACGCGAGCGGAGCCAACCCCCUGGACUACGUCCGCUGUGCGAACUGCUCGUGCAAGUGGAACUUCAAGGCCAGGGUGGAGUGCUACAACUGCAAGAAGCCGCUCAAGCCUGCCGCAGUGGACAAGCCUCCGCAGCUACGGGCAUCGGCGUGGUCAUUCGUGCGCGAGCCGUGGGUGCGGCACUCUGACGACUGGUUCGGGUACGAGGCACCGCCACCGCAGCCCGCCCCGCCGUCGGAUGCAGAGUGCCUCGCGGCGUUGGCGGCCAGGCAUCCCGAGCACGGCCAGCAGCUCGAGGCCAUCAAGAUGGCAGUCGCACCACCGCCCGUUGCGGCCACGGUGUUGCCAGAUGUGGCCCUCAACCGCGCCCAGGCCAAGCAGCGGCGGGCUCAAGCCGCCUUCCUCUCCAAGUCCCAGCAGGUCCACGACGCCGAGCAGUGGCUCCAGGCCUGCCGCGAGGAGGAGGUGCGUGCUGGUGAGCUCGUCCUGGCGUGCAACGUGGAGGUGGAGGAGGCCUACAAGGCAGCAGCGCCCAAGGGCGUCCAGGUGCAGGCGCAGGAGGCGCAGGGGCCUGGCGCCAAGACUCAGCCUGCCGUGGGCCUCAACGUCACGGCGCUUUUGGCGGAAGACUUCCAGGUCGAGGCAGGCGACGCCUUCAGGCUGGACGACCCCGACCUGGACAUCACCGACACGGAGCGCGAGGAGUUCAACAAGUCCCUGGAAGGCUUCGUCGAGCAAGUCAAGCAGCACGUGCGCACCACCUUCGGUGAGGCCAAGACGCAGCUGGAGCAGAGGCGCAGCGAGAUCGACGCCAAGCACCAGCAGCUGCUGGCCAGGCCCCCACCCCUGGGCAGCCUGAGGCCCCUGCUCGGCCUCCUGUUGCUCACCCUCCAGAGCCACCCAGCCUCCGCGGCCCCGAUGGCGCAGCCAAGUUGGCUCAGCUCAGGCGGGACUUGGAAGCAGCAGCCGCCGUUCCAGCUGGGGACGCAGAUGCGUAAGGCCCAGUCCUGGGGACCUGAUGCGCCGCCAGAGGCCAAGCCACGAGAGCCCAGACUCGUCCGCCUGGGCAGGCGGGAGCGGGCCAUCCUGGCCACGCGUAUGCGCCGCAUGGCUCGGCACUGGCGCCCUACCCCGUCGCUGGGGACCACGGCUCAGGACCGCAGGCACUGGGACUCCUACUGCGUGCCGUACAUCUUCCACCAGCUGGGCUCUGGGGAGUACACAGCCAUGCUGGACGACCUGGCAGCCACCACGGGCAGCGGAUCCCGAAUUGCCGAGCGCAUGAGGAUUGCACGGGAGUUGGGUGACGAAGCCUGGAACCGUGGAGGGGAUGCCAGGCGCCUCCAGCGGCAGUGGUUGGAGCAUCUGCAAGUGGCUAAUCAGGAUGCUUUCGAGCGUGAGGCGGCUCAGCAGGACCGCACCCAGUCAGCCGCGGAGCGGUGGUUCGACCGCCAGUCCCAGGCGACGUCGGGAACGCAGGCCCCCACCGUCUACUUCGACGACCGCAUCCACUGCUGGAGGUUGUGCGCCGCGAAGGUGCUGGAGGCCGACCUCGGCCCAUCCACCUCGACUGGGACCUCGGAGGAGCCGCUGUGUUGCUCUGCCUCGCCCGUUGAAUGCACCGAGCUCACUCCCACCCCAGCCGCGUGCAACCUCACGGACGAGCACCGAGGCUCAGCUGUCUCAUCUGGGGAAAGCCACUGCGGCCCUGGGCAGCCUAACAUCAUCGAGAUGGCCCAUGAGACUGUGGCACACCCUACCGAGGGCGGGGACGUCAGUGUCGGCAGUGUUGGCGGCCAGUCCACCUGCAGCGGGACUUCGGCAAAGCCCCAGUGCGACGUCGCCAAGUAUCGACCCUCAGCAGCAGGAGCCCGCAGAGGCAAGCGUCGACAGCGGAGCCACAGGCGCUUCACCUUCCACAGCGUCAAUGCCAGCCUCAGCUGGGGCAACGUUGUGGGCUACCUCCACGGCGCGGCACACCAGCAGCUCACCGAGGGCAAGAUUCCGAUCAUCGGUUUCCAGGAGCACGGCAAGCGGCGUUUAUGGGCCGAAGAGAGCGCACGGGCCCUGCUGCCCUUGGGCUGGAGGGCCCUGCCCACGCCAGCGACGGACGGCCCGAAUGGAGGGGCCUCGGCGGGCGUCUUGCUGGCGAUACCUGCCUGCGUCGGCGUCACUCUUGCAUCUGGACAGCGACACUGGGACAUAUCUCCCCCAGGUUGUGCAGGCAGGCUCCUGAUGGCCACCCUCGAGGCCAAGGGCAUCGGCAAGUUACUGGUUUUCUGUGCGUAUUGCUUCACUGGUCAGAAGUUGGCGUCUGUGGGCAAUUCAGCUCUCCUGUCAGUUAUCACGGGGUGGGCAGUCCAGCUCCAGCUGCCCUGGAUCGUCAUCGCGGACUGGGAGAAUCUACCUGACGCUUUGGAGCGUUCGCCGUGGAACAACCAGCUCAGAGGCCGCGUCGUAGCGUGGCAAGGGGAAGGGGGCACCAACCGCUCCCCGCACGGUGAGCGCGUGAUCGAUUAUUUCUGGAUGCACUCCAGUUUGGCUGCCAAUAUUUCCCCAGCCCGCAUUGACGACGACGCGGUCUACCACCCUCAUAGGGCCACAUGGGUCGAGUUUCAGCAGCCUUGGUCGGCCUUUACCUACACCAAGCUCAUCCGACCCCACAAGUUCCCGAUCCCAGGAGUCAAGCCGAGGCACUUCGAUCUCUCGUGCCCAGACGUGCCUGCAGGUUUCGACCCCGAUGCGGUGCCUACCCAGGAGCUCCUGGACGACACCUGGGAGGCUUUCUGCCACGCCGCCGAGGAGGAGCUGAUCCAGAAGGUGGGUUUGGACCCCAGCAGUCGGCAAGCUGAUCAAUGCCGAGGGCGUGGGGGACCACCGCGCUUCAGGAAGUGCCCGUUGCUCCCGACCCACACCGAGGCCAUCGCUUCGUACGGGGAGGCCAAGCGUUGGAGGUGGUUUGCCAACGAGUUGGCUUGGCUGGGCAUCAUUGAAGUAAAGCUUUUCAGCUACACGGGCGCUUCCGACCUGGUCCUCACCACGUUGCACCAGCAGCGGCACGCCUCCAUCCGCAAGUUGCGUGACCGCUUCAGGCACCACAUGCUGUUAGAAGGCGUGGCUGAGCUGCAGGAGUUCUUCGAGGUUUUCACGUCUCGGGACCGCGGCUAUGAAGACUUGCAGGAGCUCUCGGCUUGGCGCCUCAGCUGCAGUCAGUAUGCCUCGUACUUGGAGUGGCAGAUCGGCAAGGAACGACGAGAUUCCUUCAAGCAGCGGUUGGAGGACGACUUCCCAGGCUCGCAGGGGCUCCUCCACAGGGUCACCAAGUGGCGCCAGGCUUGGCAGGCUCCCAAGGGCAGCAUCUCCAAGAAGCUGCUCCCAGCGGCGCCUCAGGCCGCCGUGGACCAGGAGUUGCACGACUGGUCGAAGGUCUGGACCACUGGCUCAGGUUUCCCCAAGCCGUGGAGGGGCCUCCAGCAAGUCGCCGUCACGCCGCCCAGCCCUCACCACCUGCGCGGUUUGGCCCAGCGUUUCAGGGCCAAGACGGGGAUUGGCGUGGACGGAUGGCAACCCAAGCUUUGGGCCUACCUCACGGACGGCACGCUCUCGGCGCUCGCGUCAUUGCUGGCCUGGUGCCAACAACUGGGGCGGUGGCCGUCCCAGGUCCACCUCCUGCUCGUUUUCAUCAUCGGGAAGCUCGAUGGAGGGGGCCGACCCAUCAUUCUUCUACCUGGCCCUUGCCGAAUCUGGGAGGCGUGGCAGCUGCCCACCAUCAGGAGCUGGUUGGCGGCGCACCCCAGGAGCUACGACUACACGGCGGCGGGCCAAUCAUCGGAGCGUGCGCUGUGGAAAGCUUUGUUGGACGACGAGCUCGUGUUGGGCACAGGCAUACGUGCGGCCACGAUGCUGGCGGACCUCGCCAAGUGUUAUGAGAAGGUUCCGCAUGAGCGUAUGUGGUGGCUAGCAGCUUGGUGGGACGGCCCGCUGGAGGUGGUCGCGCUCGCCCUGGAAAGUUUCGCCUUUGGCCGUGUCAUUCGUCUCGGGGAGGCCUGCUCGGCGGAGGUCCUGUCCUCCACAGCGCUCCCAGCGGGCAGCCGUUUCGCGCCCACCUUCCUGAGGUUCUACCUCACGCUGUGCUUAGACGACCUGCUGGGGGUUUUCCGCCUCACGAUCUACUUGUACGUUGAUGACAUCGCCCUGCGGGUCAUGUCCACCGAGGCGCGCGUCUUGCACAUGCUGCCGCAGGCCACGCGCUUGCUGUUUUGGAUGCUGGAGUCCUUCUUGGGCCUGGAGGUAGCCCGAGCGCGGGACGGGGCGAGAGGCAAGUGCUCUUUCCUGCAAACGGCCACUCCGUCUUCAGGCUUGACGCAGGCCAUGGCCGUCCUGGGAGUACCGCCCAGCACCUCCGAGCGGUGGCUCGGCAUCGACUACGGUCCCAGCGUCAAGACAGAGAACCAGUCAGCCCCAGUCAGACACGCGCGGCUCAAGAUAGCCAAGCAGCGUUGGCCUAAGAUCCGCGGCCUUCCUCGUGCACGCGGGGGCAAGCUCAAGAUGGUCGUGCGGCAGGGCCUCGGAGCCUCGGUCGCCUACGGCGCCCGUGUCCGCGGCACGCCCAGGCCCAUCGUGCGUUUCAUCCAGCAGAAGGAUCGGGCCGUCCGCAAGGGCGCCACAGCUUUUACCUCCCGAGUCUUGCACGACGGCCUCGACCCCAGUUGCGCCGACACCCUCGUUCUGGCACCGCUGCUGGCUUGGGAAGCUUGGGACCACCCAGAGGGGCGGCGUGCGCAGGCCACAGCAUGGGCCCGAGUGCAGCAACAGCUCGCGCUGUACAUGGACGCCGACGCUCAGGAGUUGUGGUCAGUGGUGCGCGGCCCAGCGGGGGCCACCUCAGUCACAGUUCGAGCCCAUGGUUGGGGCAUGCCGUCAGCCUUCGAGAUUGCAUUGCCUCCACGUGGCGGGGUGCUCCAAGGAGGGGACGUCCAUCUUGAUCUACUGCAGAUUUGCCCCAAGUCGGUCGAGGCCGCCGUGCUUUUGGCCGCCCGUUCCAGAGCCCUGUGCCAGUGGGCGGCGGCUCAGCCCGAGCGGGCUGCGCUCCUGCCAGCGCCGUGGCUCACCCCAGCGAGGCAGUUGGUCAAGCGGCGCAAGCAGGACGGGUGGCUGCAACACCAUGCCGACGCGGUCAAGAAGGCGGUGUUGGGCGGUUUCCCUUCGCAGGAGGCCCUUUUCUCUUCGGGCCAGGCGGACACUCCGUAUUGCCAGCUUUGCGACGACACGACCUGUUUCGGCACCCACCAGCACUAUUACUGGCGGUGCGGCAGCCCGACGUGUGCUACGGUGAGGGAGCAGCUGACGGCCCACGACGCGUCACCUACCUUCAGAGACGUCGGCCACCUGGGCGUGUCGGCCUCCUCGUCGGAAGCCUCAAGAUGGUUGUGGGAGCGGGGUUUGCGGCGAACCCCAUGUUACGGCUUGGCUUGGAGUCUACCGUCGCAGCGCACCCAUUGGAUCGUCAAUGGCGCGGCCCCCGAGCUCACCGAUGUGCUGGUUUCGGACGGAUCAGUCAAAGGCUUGGAUGACCUCAGGCACGGCGGCUGGGCGGCUUUGCAGUGCACAGCGGAGGCCGACGACGUGGUGCAGGGCCUGUACGGCCCACUGCCCUUUCCCGACCCCAGCUCGGUCCUGGCAGAGUUGUGGGGUCUCCUCCACGCCCUCAGGCAUUCGGUCUUCAUCACGGCCAUCAUCAUUGACAAUGCUCAGGUGGUCCAAGGCUUGGCUCGUGGCAGGGCAUGGUGUUGUUCAGCGGCCAGGCCCUAUGCGCACGUCUGGCUCGAGAUCUGGGAUCGCCUGGAUGACAUGGACAUCCUUCCUGGCAGAGAGUUGUCGGUCAUCAAAGUCGCCUCGCACAUAUCGCAGGCCAAACGCCUAGAGCUGCCAGAGGAGGUCCAGAUUCACAUGAGGCACAAUGACUUAGCCGACGAAUGGGCCAAGCAAGGAGCAGACCUCAGCGCGCCGCCAGAGUGGGCCACGUUGCAGGUCAAGCAGGAGCUCAAGGCCACCAAGCGCGUGCUCGAGUACAUCGGGCACUUCAGGGUCCUCCUCGACGGGGUCAAGUUGGCGGAGCCUAGGCACCCGCACGUUCUGGAAGUGUGCCGCGGUUAUUCCAAGUGCACCAACUGCGGCAAGGCGCCGCCGCUCGGCCUGUGCGACAGCGAGCAGACCAUGGAGAUCAGGCUGGGCCCCGACCCGCUGUGGGCUCCUGUCGCAGCAGCCCGCGCGGCUCUUGGCAGGAUGGAGCGGACACCUGACGGUCCUGUGUGCAUGGGAACCCCGCCAAGCCAGCCACACAUCACGCCCGAACAGCAGCAUGCCCGUUCCAUCAUGGACGAUGCCAUCAUCUGGGCGUCUUUCUGGAUCGAUCGUUUCGACGUGGCAGGCUUCACCAACGAGUGGGACUACCGUACGUGGUGUUCGGAAUAUCUUGAAAGGUUUCUCAGCUCGGCGGCGUGGGCACCAGUUCGAGAGCAUCUUCUACGUAGCAACCCUGGCCGCACUCUCGGGCAGGUCAGGGAGCGUUUCAGGGAUCUUCUUGGAGAUCGUGCCCCGCCUGAGACGGCCUCCUGGCACCAGUGGGUCUUCGAGCCCCUCUCCUCGGAUGACGACCAAGGAGGUGAUGCGACAGGCCGCGCCGCCGAGGACGCCCAUGGCUACGACGAUACCGACGAGUUCGCGGCCCUCAGCGUGCACAGCGACCUCGAGGUGGUGGAGGCAGACGGCAAGGCCACGCAGGCCACAGGCACCCAGGCGUCAGAGCGCGAGUCGCCGCCCAAUCCCGACCUCGCCCCCAGGGCACUCCAGCCACAGGAGGAGGGAGCUCCAGCGGGAGGGGCGAGGCGGGAGGGUGUUUUGCGGAUCCGCAGUGCGGCAGCCACCUGUUCCCAGGACGUGGACGACGGUGCUACGGCUGGCGCUGGGGCAGCUCCUGUUCCCACGGUGCCGCCUGCUGCUCAACCCGCUGGCGAGCCUGGAGCUGAUCAGGGCGAGUUGGCCAGCUCCCUGGACGUGGACGGCAAGGCUGCCACCCAGGCAGCGGCCGCAGUGUGCUCCGCCCCCUUGGCGGCACACCAAGCUCUUGCUGGCCAGGGCAGCCUGAAACACGGCGGUAAGGCCCCAAGGACUGGUUCCUCAGCAUCCUCGGCGGCGGCGGCGGGCUCUGGCCAGGGCGGCCUGGCACCGCUGGCGGGGCCCCCGCCGCCUUCGGCUGGGGCUGCGGCGGCCUCGGAGCCAGAGCGGGGUGCGCGCGGGCGGGCGGCCUCUGCCCAGCCCGCCAGGAGUGGCCAGGCGCUGCCUGCGACGGCCAGAGCCGCUUCAUCGGAGCCUCGGCCACAUACGGUCGAGAUCAUUGGCAACUUCGUGGUCUGCGUCGUGUGCGGUUCCUACUGCAGCUCGGUGGCCAGGAACCUCGGCGGGCCGUGCAGGCGGCUGGACCCGCGCGACCCAGGCGACAAGGAGCGCCUCAGGCGCAUUCGCCGCAUCCAGCGCGGCCAGGACCCAAAGACUGGAAGGGAUCUGAGUUGA